AUGCCCAGGCCGGGGAAGAGUUCGUACAGCGACCAAAAGCCGCCUUACUCUUACAUCUCCUUGACGGCCAUGGCCAUCCAGCACUCGGCCGAGAAGAUGCUGCCCCUGAGCGACAUCUACAAGUUCAUAAUGGAGCGAUUCCCCUACUACCGGGAGCAUACCCAGCGCUGGCAGAACUCCCUCCGUCACAACCUCUCCUUCAACGACUGCUUCAUCAAGAUCCCGCGGCGACCCGACCAGCCGGGCAAGGGCAGCUUCUGGGCGCUGCAUCCGGACUGUGGGGACAUGUUUGAGAACGGCAGCUUCCUCCGCCGCCGCAAGCGCUUCAAGGUCCUGCGCCCCGAGCACCACCUGCCUGGCGGCGGCGGCAGCGGGACAGGCAGCGGCGGUCCCGGCAAGCCCCCGGCGCCCACCCCGCACAUGGUCUCCGAGGCGGCCGUGGCCGCAGCAGCGGCCGCUGCAGCGGUGGGGAGGCUACCGCAGUUUUCGCCCUACGGGAGCAGCCAGCCCUCGGGCUUCAAGCAUCCCUUCGCCAUCGAGAAUAUCAUCGGCAGAGAUUACAAGGGUGUACUGCAGGCCGGCGGGCUGCCGCUGGCCUCGGUGAUGCACCACCUGGGCUACCCGGUGCCCAGCCAGCUCAGCGGCGUGGUGAGCUCCGUGUGGCCGCACGUGGGGGUGAUGGACUCCGUGACCAGUGUGCCCGUGUCCCCUGACUACGGACCCUUCGGCGUGCCUAUGAAGGCGCUCUGCCACCCGCCGGCACAGACCAUGCCGGCUGUCCCGGUGCCCAUCAAACCGGCGCCGGCAAUGUCCACUGCCUCGGCCAUCCCUGCUCUGACGGUCUCUGCCUCGCAGAUCUGCCCUGCUGCUUCCCCGGCCGCUGCUUCGUUGUUGGAACAGGCCGCGAGCAACAACCCCGAGGGCAAGGGCUCCCUCCACUCCGUCCUGGUGCACUCCUAA